AUGCCGGAUUAUCUAGGUGAAGAUCAACGAAAAACUAAACAAAAAGAUGAUAAAGAUGAAGAUAAACCUAUCAAAGCACUUGAUGAAGCAGAAAUUGCACUUCUGAAGUCUUAUGGAGCUGGUCCAUAUGAUAAAGCCAUAAAACAAACAGAAGAAGAUGUACAAACAAUAUUAAAACAAGUAAAUGAAUUAGCUGGUAUUAAAGAAUCCGAUACUGGUCUUGCACCACCUGCACUAUGGGAUUUAGCUGCUGAUAAACAAGCACUUCAAAGUGAACAACCAUUACAAGUAGCACGUUGUACAAAAAUCAUCAAUGAAGGAAGUGAUGAUGCUAAAUAUAUAAUUAAUGUAAAACAAUUUGCUAAAUUUGUUGUCGAUCUUGCUGAUACUGUUUCACCAACAGAUAUUGAAGAAGGAAUGCGUGUUGGAGUUGAUCGAAAUAAAUAUCAAAUACAUUUACCAUUACCACCAAAAAUUGAUCCAUCAGUUACAAUGAUGCAAGUAGAAGAAAAACCUGAUGUUACAUAUAGUGAUGUUGGUGGAUGUAAAGAACAAAUUGAAAAACUUCGUGAAGUUGUUGAACUUCCACUUUUACAUCCGGAAAAAUUUGUUAAUUUGGGUAUUGAACCACCUAAAGGUGUUCUAUUAUAUGGACCACCGGGUACGGGUAAAACAUUAUGUGCAAGAGCUGUUGCUAAUAGAACUGAUGCUUGUUUUAUUCGUGUUAUUGGUUCUGAACUUGUUCAAAAAUAUGUUGGCGAGGGUGCACGCAUGGUUCGUGAAUUAUUUGAAAUGGCGCGUGGUAAAAAAGCUUGUAUAAUUUUUUUUGAUGAAGUUGAUGCUAUUGGUGGAGCACGUUUUGAUGAUGGUGCUGGUGGUGAUAAUGAAGUACAACGUACAAUGCUUGAAUUAAUUAAUCAAUUAGAUGGUUUUGAUCCACGAGGAAAUAUUAAAGUACUAAUGGCAACAAAUCGACCUGAUACACUUGAUCCAGCACUUGUUCGUCCUGGUCGACUUGAUCGAAAAGUUGAAUUUAAUCUACCAGAUUUAGAAGGUCGAACACAUAUAUUUAAAAUUCAUACGAAAUCAAUGAGUGUAGAAAAAGAUAUUCGUUAUGAAUUAUUAGCUCGAUUAUGUCCAAAUAGUACCGGUGCUGAAUUACGUAGUGUUUGUACAGAAGCUGGAAUGUUUGCUAUUCGUGCACGACGAAAAAUAGCAACUGAAAAAGAUUUUAUUGAAGCUAUUAAUAAGGUUAUCAAAGCUUAUGCAAAAUUUAGUUCAACACCACGUUAUAUGACAUAUAAUUAA